CAACGAAAACUCUUGUUCUCUCUCUCAUUUUCUAAUCGUUCAUGGAAAAAAUGUUACCGUUUGUUCUUUUAGCUUUCCCCAUCUUGCUAUUAUUCCUCUUACGAAUACGCAAAACAUCUAAGAAACCAACCUUUCCACCAGGCCCUAGAGGUCUUCCUUUGAUUGGCAAUCUUUAUCUACUCGAUAGUUCUACCCUUUGUUUGAAGCUAUAUGAACUCUCCAAAAAAUACGGUCCCAUCUUUUCUCUUCAACUGGGUUCAAGGCCUGCCAUUGUUAUCUCCUCACCAAAACUAGCCAAGGAGGUAAUGAAAACCCAGGACCUUGCCUUCUGUGGCCGACCCUCUCUCCUAAGCUCAAUGAAACUUUCCUAUAAUGGGCUAGACAUGGCAUUUUCACCCUAUAGAGAUUAUUGGAGACACACCAGAAAAAUUUCCAUCAUCCACUUCCUUAGCCUUAAGCGUGUUCUAAUGUUUUCCCAGUUCAGAAAAUGUGAGGUAUCCCAUUUGGUGAGAAAGAUAUCGGAGCACGCUUCUUGUUCCAAGGAGACGAACUUGCAUGAGCUCCUGACUUGUCUCACAAGCGCUGUAGUGUUUAGAAAUGCUCUGGGGAGAAGGUAUGAAGAGGAAGGAAUCGAGAAAAGCAUGUUCCAUGGCCUUCUUAAAGAAGCGCAGGAAUUGAUAGCUUCAACUUUCUACACAGAUUACAUUCCUUUUGUUGGUGGUGUGGUUGAUAAACUCACAGGGUUGAUGGGUCGUCUUGAGAAAAUGUUUAAUCUGUUGGAUGGGUUUUUCCAGAACGCCAUCGAUGAACACCUUGAUCCUGAAAGGAAGAAACUUACCGAUGAAGGGGAUUUCAUCGAUGCAUUGAUUCAACUGAAGAAUGACCCUUCCUUCUCCAUGCAUCUCACUCCUUCUCACAUCAAACCCUUGAUGAUGGUUAUUAUAUUCUAA